CGGGUCUCCCCCCGCGCUAGAAGUGGUGGCUCCCAGUUUCCAACAUGUCGGGAGGUCUGCUCUGAUGUCCCGUAUAGACUAAGGAAGUGUUUGUACGAUUUCUCCCCAGUCUAUCCAGGGACAAUCGCGCAGUGAAGCAGUUGUAUCCAAGUACACACCAUGAGCAACAUCUACAUCCAGGAACCGCCGACGAAUGGCAAGGUUUUACUGAAAACAACAGCUGGAGAUAUUGAUAUUGAAUUAUGGUCAAAGGAAGCCCCCAAAGCAUGUCGGAACUUUAUUCAGCUAUGCAUGGAAGGUUAUUAUGACAAUACAAUAUUUCACAGGGUUGUUCCUGAGUUUAUAGUGCAAGGAGGAGAUCCAACUGGUACUGGGUCAGGAGGAGAGUCUGUCUAUGGGGCCCCUUUUAAGGAUGAAUUCCACUCACGAUUGCGUUUUAAUCGUCGAGGCCUGGUUGCCAUGGCAAAUGCUGGGCUUCAUGAUAAUGGCAGCCAGUUCUUCUUUACUAUGGGUCGGGCAGAUGAACUUAACAACAAACACACCAUCUUUGGAAAGACUACUGGAGAUACCAUAUACAACAUGUUACGACUUUCAGAAGUUGAAACAGACGCGAAUGAAAGACCAGUCAAUCCGCAUAAAAUAAAAAAUACCGAGGUUUUGUUUAAUCCAUUUGAUGACAUAAUUCCAAGAGCCAGUAAAAAGAUGAAGAAUGAGAAACCAGUGGAAGAAGUAAAAAAGGCAAAAUCCAAGGGCACAAAGAAUUUUAGCUUGCUUUCAUUUGGAGAAGAAGCUGAAGAAGAAGAAGUAGAAGUCAACAGAGUUAGCCAGAAUAUGAAAGGGAAAAGCAAAAGCAGUCAUGACUUAUUGAAAGAUGAUCCACAUCUGAGCUCAGUUCCUGCCAUUGAAAGUGAAAAAGCAGAUGAAAAUGAUAACUCUGAUGAGGAGAAAGAAGGUGGAUACUGUGAUGAAGAUGAAGAUAUUGAUAGUGAUGAGAAACAUCAAAUGAAAGAACGCAUUGUGAAGAAGUUAAAGAAAGGUACCAACCUAACUGCUGCUAAAAAAACAGCCAAAGAGGAAGAAACAGAGAAGAAAAGUAGCCGCAGUGAGGAGCUACGGAAGGAAGUGCGCCAGCUGAAACGUGAACUCUUAGCAGCGAAGCAAAGGAAAGAAGAAAAUGCCUCCACACUAGAGGAGAAUAAAAUUGAAGAGGUUGAAGCUGCCCCAAACAGCAUUGUUGCAGAGUAUCUGGAAGAGAAAAAGAAAUAUGAACAAUUGAGGAAGCAGCAGCCAAAGAAAGGGCCCUCCCGUGAAGAUCAGACAUUGGCACUGCUGGACAGAUUCAAAUCAAAGCUGAACCAGGCAAUUGCAGAAACUCCUGAAAAUGAGGUGUCUGAACCUGAAGUGGAGGAUGAUGAAGGAUGGAUGUCACAUAUUCUCCAUUUUGAAGAUAAAACCAGAAAGGUAAAAGAUGCAAGUGUGCAAGAUGAAGAUACUUUUGAAAUUUAUGAUCCUCGGAACCCAGUUAAUAAGAGAAGAAGAGAAGAAAGCAAAAAGAUUCUGAGAGAAAAAAAGGCACGGAGAUGAAAUGAAUGUAAAACUAGCCAGAGCCAACUUGGAAAAUGACUGCACAAAUGUUCUGGCUCUGUAAUAGCUGGUGUCCCAAAAUAUAUCACUUACAAGGUGUGAAAAGGAAUCUAGUGUCUAAUUUGGAAACAGUGCUAUCUGCUUUGUUUUGUGAAUUCUGAUGUAAAACAAGCAUGUGUUCUCAGCAAACCCCCUGAAACCAUUCUUAACCAUGAUUGUUAAUAAAUAAUUCAUUUUUCA